GCCACGACACUUGGUCAUGAUGAGGUGUCUCGCAUUCCUUCUGCUGCUCUUCUCUCCGAUCCAUCAGAUGUAUCUUUUUACACCUGUGACAACUUUGCUAUUGGAUAUUUUUGUGAUGGUCAAAGGUCAAACGCCAGCAACUUCGGCAUUCACAACCACAAAAUCAAAUGCAGCGAUAACAACCACGCCAUUCACGACCACAACUUUAAAUGCUGCAACAGCAACUGCGAAACCCACAACCACAACAUUAAAUGCAGUGUCAAGAACUGCCGCAUUUACAACAAAAACUUUAAAUGCUUCGCUGACAACCGCAGUAUUCACAACAAUAAAUGCGGUGCCAACAACUGCCAAACCCGCAACUACAAGAUUAAAUGCAGUGCCAACAACUGUGAAGCCCACAAUAACAACAUUAAAUGCAGCGCCAAUAACUGCAAAGCCCACAACCACAACAUUAAUUGAUGCGCAAACAACGUUGGCACUCAGAACCACAACAUUAAAUGCAGUACCAACUACUACAAAGCCUACUACAAAGCCCACGACCACAACAUUAAUUAAUAAGCAAACAACGUUGGCACUCAGAACCACAACAUUAAAUGCAAUACCAACUACUACAAAGCCCACGACCACAAAAUUAAAUUCAGUGCCGACAACUGCAAUGCCCACAACCACAACAUUAAAUGACUCGUCAACAAAUGUGGCAUUCACAACCACAACACUCAGACCUACAACCGUGGUCCUAAACCAACCUCAAAAUUGCGAGGAUAACAUGGGAAUGUGCUGCUCUAAGCAAGAAGCGACUUUAGUAUCCUACAAGAGUUUUGAAAAAAUAUGUCACGUGACGCAAGAUUCCCUGAACGCAUUCAACGUCUUCUUGCUUACUAAGCAGCAGAAAUUUGACCAACGUUCGAUCGUGGAACUUGGUCCGAAGAACAAACAGUCCCUCGAAAAGCAUGCCUGCUUCGUCAAUUGUUACUUGAUAUCAAAGAGAGUGAUGUCUCCACACUUUGUGAUUGAUCAAGUCAAGCUGACAUAUUUUUUGACAGCCUCGCAAUCAGAUGCAAAGUGGAUUUCGACGAUUUCAACAGCAGUAUCCGACUGCAUUCCAUUAGUUGAAAGUUUAAUUCAUCACGAGUCAAAAUCCUCGUGCCCUAGAACAGCAUUCGUCGUUGUGCAAUGCGUGCUUCUAGAAGUUAUAAAUCGUUGUACAAGAAAAGAAGAAGAAGCUCCACAAACAGCGCCCAAAAUAACAACAUCAAAGUCAUUAGCAACUUCAACCACGGCAACAUCAACCACACCACGAAAAACAACAACUUUACCAGCAAUAACCACAACAUGGAAGUCAACAACCACUUUUCCGACAAAAACCACACCGUGGAAUUCAACAACAACUUUACCAACACCACGGAUGUCAACAACCGCACCAUGGAAGUCAACCACCACUUUGCCAACACCA